AUGGAUCCCCCGCCCUACACCCCUCGUGGCAGCACCUUCCCGUUAACUGACCAAGGCUUCGAGACUGCGUCCAUCCGCUCAGCAGCACCCUCCUACGUCUCUACUCUCCCAUCACCAGUAUCGCCAACCUCCAGCUACUCCAACUACUCCAGCGGGUCCUCCUCUCCUUCCUCCCCCCCCUCCCACUCAGUCCCGUCACUUGCAGCAUUCCAGCGUCCAACCUGGUCACGAACACAGAUCUCUAACCCUACUGCACGAGCAUACCACUCCAUCGCACACCGGCGCGCGUCGGCCCUCACAAUCCAAGAACAAUCCGGACUAUUAGCCGCGGCACUGAACGGGGAUGGCGGGAUCGCGCAGAUGAAGCGACGGAUGGAUGAGGAGGAGCGGGAGAGAAGAAUCCGUACGAGUGAGGAUCCGGAGUUAGUCGGCGAGCAGGCAGCUGAGAAGAAUAGGCUAGAGAGGGAGAGUAGGGAGAAUGGGUGGGGAGUUUUGGAGGAUGAGGAUAAGAGGUGGGAUUGGCUUGUUGCGCAAAUGAGUGAUUGGGAAGAGAGAGAUAAGAGUUGGACGAAAUUUAGGAAGGAAUUGGAGGGUGGUAAGAGGCAUAAAUUGGCUAAGAGACUUGGUAUCAAUCGAUCGUAA